CGUAGAGUAUAAAAGCCGGAGAGGGAAUGCAACAUCUUCAUCACUUGCACAACAGUUACUGCAAACGCUAUUCGGUUGUUGAGGAGAGAGGUGGAUUGGAACUCUGUGUGCAUAGCAGGAAUACCAUCUUCUUUUCUCUUACCUCGCCUUGAGGAUACCAUCUGACAGAAUUUCAAUAAUGGAAAGGGCAUUGCUACCGUCUUGUCUUGUGCUCUGCUUCGCCGCAAUGGUGUCGGCAAAGUGUACGAUAACCGGCGAGGAGUGCAGAGAUUUACUCGACUCGCUGCCUCCCUACGUCUCCUGGGGUCGUCUUUCUUGCCACCGGUACAGUGCUAUGCGUACGAAAUGCUGCGGCGAGCCGCACAACCCUCGCGUGGCCUUGGCCUCCGUCUGCGGACUGUCCGGGACUGAUGCCAGGCACGCUGGUUUUGACAUGCCCAGGCAAGACUCAGGCUACACGCAUGGUGAUGAUGACCAAUGCCAAUCCGUGCAGAAACGAUCCAUUACCGUGCAGCUGUCGGGUGUGUGGGGAGACGCCACGGCUAGCCAAGCCAGCAGCAUCCGCCGCGGUCGCCUCAACGUCUGCCUGUAUCCGACACGCAACCAGAGUGGCCGUCACAGAGUCACUCUCAGCGCGGAGGCAUACAUCAAACCCGAUCAGCUGAUCAGCACGAGCAAAACCACUCAGUUGAUCACAGGUACCAGGAAUGGUAAAAAUCCGAGAUGCGGACAGCGGCCCUUGAUGAAGGAGUGCCAAUAUCGCGACGACAAACCAUUCUAUGCCGAGUGCGUGUGGAAGAGGAUCGACGUAACGGAUGCCAUCAAGAAGGCGAUCCAGAUGAAGCAGAGCCACGUCAAAUUCGUUAUAAGAAUGGAACAAACGCCCUCGGAUCAAGGCACGGACCAUCACGUGAUCAAACCCAAGACAUGCUUCUCAUACCGUGGCAACGGCGCCACGGGUCAAGCGGAGCUGGACUCCACCAGGCCGUUCAUUACCUUCACGUACCGGCAAUGGAAACUGAACAAGCGACUCAAAGUCCAGAUCAACCGCGCUCCCGACAAUACCAGGAAAAGUGUGUGUGACUUUGGAGGACAGUGCCAACUGCAGGCCAUCAAGCUGAACUUCAGCACACUUGCAAAGCAGAACGACAACUUUAUCAUGACGUUAUCGCAGAACGCCUCGGAGAAAGAGGACGCCCUAGAUUCGGGCUUCCAGUACAAUAUCUGCGCCGGACAUUGCACUGCCAGCGAAGAGCAGUCAAUGUCUAUUGGUGAAAUCUUCGACCAGCCACAGAAUACAUGUGCUACUGUCUAUGAGUCGGAGCCUAAGAAGAUUCACGGUAGAUACAAGUGGGAACAUGGCGCGGUCACCAUGCAUUUCAAGCAGUGGAGUGCAAAGGCGUGUUACUGCAACACACAUGGCAGCGCGACCAGAGAAAUGCUGGAGACGGACACGGGAUCAGGGCAGCUUCUCCUCACUUCCACUGCUUGACAAUGCUGUUUGCACACAGGCAGGAACCAUCCCUACACCAGGAAAAAAACUCCACAUGCUUACUGGUACGUGAGCAGCAUACAUGUACCUGUACUUAAAACACUGUCAGCGGUAUGCCUAUCCGCGGAGCAAUAGUCCAUUCGAACUUUGAAGAGCAUGCCACGUUUUAUAUUUUUUUAAAUUUUUUCUUAUAUUUUUUUUACAAAGACCACUUUAAUGUAUACAGUGUGAUGCGCUGUAUUUUUUUGUAUAAUGUUUUUAUUUUACAUCGCAAGUCAAACGGGCAAUCAUGCCCGAUGUUAUGAUGACGAUGGAAGGGAAUCAUCCUCUAUCCUCGCUGUGCUGCAUUGCGAUAGAACAAUGCGAUGGACAUACCGUUUUGAAUAUGGUAAGCUUACCAUACAUGUCCGUGAAUGGUCUUCAUAACCUCUGCCUUCUUGGAUUGUUGGCAUAGAAUAUACUCCGACAACGCAUGCAUUGUGCACGGCUGAUUUCACGCAUGCAGUACAAGUAAAUUUGUUCCUAGAUAAAUGAUCAACACCUCCUACCAGCUGAACACCCGAAGCACAGCACCACACCCGCAACGCCACUAUGACCUAGGAACUUUCACCUUUCAUAUGAUAUACCUGUAAUUAUACUGGAGUGGCCUACAGCAUUAUUCAAUAUGCGGAUGGUCCACUGCAGCAAAUGCUAGUAUUUUACUACUAAUCAUUGGUACCUUGGCACUGUCACCUGUCAUAAUUAUAAUGAUACUGGCGUGGCUUCCAGCAUUCUUCAAUCUGCGGAUGCUCCACUUCAGCAAAAUGCUAGUAUUUUACUACUAAUCAUUGGCACCUUGGCACUGUCACCUUUCAUAUAAUGAUACUGGCGUGGCUUACAGCAUUCUUCAAUCUGCGGAUGCUCCUCUGCAGCCAAUUACUACAAAAAUUAAUGUUAAUCAUGAAUCUCCUUCACCACUACGGUCGUACACUGCAAUUGUAAUACUUAUAAUUAUCUCUCCAAACUUUCGCCCUUGGGUCUUCAUGAGGUAGUAUAGUGGUGAAGGCUACUGAGACAUGGACUCAGCAUCCCUAGAAGCUGCCUGCUGAAUGUGCAGAACGUUAAGCUCAGAGUUA